GCCGCGCACUCCACUCGGGACCAAAGAAGGUUCUUUGGUUUGAACCAAUACAAAGGAAGAGCCAAGCAUCAUGUUGAACCAAUUCAUCGACCGAAUUCUCUCCUUCUUACUUGCCGCCCGUUCGUGGUGCCAAUGGGCUACCAAUGGUGGGCGCUUGGUUGUGGAUCGUUUGAACUCAUCUCUUCUUUUUCUUGUUGGUUUUGUCCAUUCGGUUUGUGGACGCAUGAUUGGACGUUGUGUCGCUUGGGAAACUCUAUUUGCGUUCAGCAGUGAUGAGACUGACGAUAUCUCCAUGGUUAUACGUGUCACUACCACCAUCGGAUAUGACAAGCGUGUGCAGGGAUGUUUGACAGUUCAACAGUUUGGGAGGACUACUCUAUUCCGAGUUUUGAUCGAUGGCCAUGAGGUUGUCGACGGAGCAGGUGGCAACCAGCAGGGCGCGAGGAUCCAAGGAGCGGUGUAUCUUCCAGAGAGCCUCCAAUGGGACCCACUGUUUAAGAAAGUGAAGAGUUCGAAUACUACGUCCAUCCGUGGUCGAUGUGCCUAUGUCAAGUUUGGACCAAACAUCUCUGGUGUCUCUGCUCUCCAGGCCACGUUGAUCCAUAGCAACAGCAACAAGAGUGCAGAUGCGAAGCGAGUGUUUGCUGCCUUGGAAGAAUGCAUCAAGAACGCAGCUGAGGUGGUCAACAAUGUCUCUCAAUCCAACAACAACUUCCAUUUGUAAUCGACAAUGGCGUUAUCCGCAGCUUGGAGGCAGUUUUGUACUGUUUUACUAUAGGAUCGCCAAUCCACGGAUGGAAUAUCCUCACCUCGGAUUUGACUCAAUCCGCAAAAUGUGAGCGGCGACUACACAACAACCAUGUCACCUAUCAAAAGGGAUUGUUGUUUCUUACUCUCCUAACUAUAAAGAUCAAUAGCUCUUAUGUUGAUAGCCUCA